AAAAAAGAAAGAAGGUAAGAGGGAAGUGGGAACCCAAAAGUGAAAAACAAACACUCUCUCGCGUGCCCUAAUCAUUGCUCUGUAACGUUAGCCACUUCAAAUUCAAGGGUUCUUCAUUCUUCUCGUUGGCCGUUGCAACUUAAAUUUCAUGGAUGCUUCGUCUCUGCACUGAAAUUGCGUCUCGCGACGACAUGGCAGAGAUUCAGAAUUCUUCCUCGGAAGCGGCAAUCGACCAAUGCGAGAGUAAGGCUUCGAUGGAGAACGGAACGCGAAGUUCGGAAGCCUCCGAAACGACGUCGUCGAGUUCGUCUCGAAAAGGAAAGGGUAAAGGUAAGGGUGCGGCAUUCAAGCGACGGAACUCUAGAGUUCUUGUUCGCCGCCAUAGGGCUAAUAAUGUGGACACCAUUGGCCUUCCUCUCGGAAUGUCGUUCGCCGCUGUGAUGGCUCAGGUGUUGUAUAGAAAAGAUGGAGCAGCUGAGGAUAUGUCUCCCAAUCAUCUUUCAAUGAUGUGCUCUUCGGCUAUCAAAGAAUCUCUUGCCAGUGUUUUUGGAGACAAGCUAGAUGGUUUGAUGAGCAACUUUGAACAAUCUUUCAGUAGCACGUUGAGUACUCUUCAGUUGAUCUAUGAAUCAUCCAAGAGCAAUGAAGGAAAUAUAUUAAAUGAUACAAAUGCAGAAAUUCGGAGUUCUAAAUUGAUUUUUGACAAAGGAGUAUGCUCAGGUGAUAUUGUUACAGAGGAUGCUUAUUCAAGGCCAUCCCAUGUUGAAAUACAAAAUCAAUCAAUUAGUCGUGAUUCUCCAGAAGAGGUCAGGGAUAACUUUCAUACGGAUUCAGUUAGUCUUGAUUCUCCUGAAGAGGGCAGGGAUAUCUGUCAUAUGGGUUCUGUUAGCCGUGAUCUCACUUCGUAUGGGCAAUCAAACCAAAUGGUUUCUUUUUCUCAAAUAUUUUCUGGAUCUGUAAAUAAUCUCAUGGUUAGUCUUAUUAAGAAGUCUGUCAUGGAGCAGUGUCGUUCUAAUGAACUCAAGUGUCGUUCUAAUGAACUCAAGUGGCGUUCUAAUGAACUCAAGACACGGGAACUUGACCUUUAUAUGGAAAGCUUGAAAUUGAAAGAGGAUGCAUUGUCUGCCAAACAUGAUUCGAAUAAUCUAAACAGAUCCAAAUUAGCCAUGGGGGAAUCGAAGGCAUCUUUCAAAGCUGAAAAGUUUAAGACCCAGUUGGAAGAUACGAGGCAUGGUGAACUCAAAAAGAAGUGCAUAGACUGUCUUAUUACUGGUUUGCUUAUUAUGUCAUCCUCACUUUUGAUGGUGCUUAUGUUUAUUCCUACGAACGGAUUACUGAAGCUACUGAAUCUUGUACACCAUCAACCCAGGAAUCUUCCUCGUGGUGGACUCCUAAGUCAGUAACGUCAUUCAAUUCAAGGUUGAAUAUUUUGUGGUGUCAGGUUCAAGUAAUGAGCCGAAUGGCAUUUGGUGUCUUAAUGAUUUUUGCAGUUGCAUAUUUGCUCCUGCAGCGUUCAACAACGUCAUCGCAGACUAUGCCAGUUACUUUCAUCGUUUUAAUGUUAGGAGUUGGUUGUGGCUAUUGUGGCAAGAUGUGUGUAGACACACUGGGAGGGAGGGGUGAUGUGUGGCUCUUUUACUGGGAGAUCCUGUGUUUGCUGCAUUUCUUAUCUCUUUGCUGGACAUCCGCUUUGUACUCAAUCCUUCAUGGAUCAGUCACUGCACCACAAACGACAGAGAAGAAUAC